CGUCAUAUGGCUCAAGCUCGAGUAUGCGGAAGGAGUGAUUUGUGCUUUUUGCACGAAACUGCUGACAUGGUUUAAAGUUUUUUAUGUGGUAGUAACGUGAAAUGUUUGUAGAUCAUUGAAUGUAAUAUUGUACAGCUUUAUGUGAAGUGCUAAUAGAUGAUUUCUCGCGAAUGGCGAGCUAUAUUCUUGAUAGACUCUUGUAAAGAUGGAGUUUGUUAAAGAUAACAGUGAAGACAUGAGUGAUCCAGAAGCAUGCAGAAUAAAAGAUGAAGAUACUGAGGAACAAAGAGACCUGGUGGAAGCGAAAGAGGAAAGUGAAGAACAGAAUGAAAUGGAGCAGAAACAGCAGUUUCAGAAACCUAAUCAUUUCAAAAUUGGAGAAAAAUCUUUUAGUUGCUCCCAGACUGAAAAGAAUUUUUCACCAGAAAGAACGGAACCUAAAAAUUGCUUCACCUGCCCACAAUGUGGAAAGAGUUUCACAUGUAAACGUGACCUUAAGAGGCACAUAAGAAUUCACACUGGAGAGAAGCCGUUCACAUGCUCUCAGUGUGGAAAGUGUUUUGCAAAUUCAGGAGACCUUAAGAGGCACUUGCGAAUUCACUCUGGUGAGAGGCCUUUUACCUGCCCUCAGUGCGGAAAGAGUUUCACGCAAAAGGAAGGUCUUAAGGAACACACCAAAAUUCACACGGGAGAGAAGCCGUUUGCAUGCAUGUUGUGUGGGAAGAGUUUCACACAUCAAAACAGCCUGAAAAGGCACAUGAAAGUUCAUUCUGGAGAGAAAUUACACCAGUGCUCUGAGUGUGGCAGGAGAUUUUCAGAGGCCUGCAAUCUCAAAACUCACCUGCUGUCUCACACAGGAGAAAGACCAUUUAACUGUGAACGGUGUGAUAAGAAGUUUUUUUUGGCUGUACACUUAAAGACACACAUGAGAAUUCAUGAAGAUGAAACGCGUUAUGUGUGUUCUUUUUGUGGGAAGAGUUUUUUGUGGCUUAACGGGUUUAAAGACCACCAGAAAACACAUAUUGGUGAGAAACCCUACGUGUGCUUGGAAUGUGGAAGUACUUUUAUUAGAGCUGGUGAACUUAAAGUACAUGAACGAAUCCAUACUGGAGAAAAACCUUACAAAUGUUCACAUUGUGAAAAGAGUUUCACAGUUUCAGGAGCCUUGAAAGUACACGAGCGAGUGCAUACUGGAGAGAAGCCGUAUCUCUGCCCUUCAUGUGGGAAGACUUUCAGUCGAUAUGGAAAUCUAGGGAAACAUUUAAAAAAAGCUUGCCCAAAGUUGUGAAACUGAGCAAUGUUCACAUUCAGGUGUCGGAAUCAGGACCUUUAUUUUGACAGCGCUGAGAACCCCAGUACUUGAGCGCAGACGCACAGGAUUGCCCAUUCUCUGUUUGCUUUCUUUGUUUAACAGUUCUGUCUAAUCAUUUUUUCAUAUAAUAUUGACAGGAGAGUUCAACUUGCCGUGUAAAUGGUAAAAUGGUGGUGCGCAUAGCCCGUGAGCUAUAACUUGCCUAAUAUGGUUGUUAUAAAAGUAAGUAAACCAUAUAAUAAAUGCACUUGCACAUAUUUGGGAAUCACAAUAUCACAUUUUUUACAAUCUAGUUAGCAAUAAUUUGAAUAAUAAGUAAAAACUAAGAAAUAAAACUAAUACAUCAUUCAUACAGCAGGAUGUGUCACAAGCUUGAUGCAUUGCUAUGGAAAUCUUAAUAUCCUGCUAGAUUCUCAUUCUUUCCUCAUCUCAUCUUUCUUUUUGAAAUCUUCAUUUUAAGUCCCUAUAUAGUUCAGUCCCAUAGAAAUUGGGACCUCAAUGUGACUCCAUGUCCAAAUUGUUAAAUUAUUAUUACCCAUUUUCAAUGGUAAAGAACCAAAUGUAGGUAACUUAAACAGCUGAUAGUGUGUUUAAAGAAGAAUGUCUGAAGAACAAAUAACACUGAAACUUGAAAUGUAUCUUGUUUCCCUCUAUCAAAACAAUUAAAUACAACACACCUCUCUGAGUGUCAAAAACAAAAAAAUUUCUGAAGUUUACAUGUCUGUAGUUCAGGAAGUAUUAAAUAUAUCUUAAUGUAAUUUUAGAUUCUUAGGUUUUAAUUGUUUUAAUUGUAAUUUUAGAUUCAAGGAGCUGCUUUGAGAGCCCCAUAUCUUUUGGACUGAACUAUAUAGGGCCAUGACAAUGUAGAUUUCAAAAGGAAAGUUUAUUAAGAACGAGAAUCUAGAAGGAUAUUAAGAUAUCCUGUAUUCUUUUAAAGUUACAGUCAUGCAAACUUUGGAAAAUAAAUAUUUAUGCAUCAGACAGGUAUGAUCUAUGCAACUGAGCUGAUAGAAAAACACAAGAUACAUUUCUAGUUUCAACAUUAUUUGUUCUUCAGAUAUUCCUCUUUAAAAGAAAAAAAGUAUCAGCUGUAUGCAAAGUGACCCACAUUUGGUUUUUGACCACUGAAUAUGUGU